AUGGGCAACAGUCUGAAAGCCAUAGUUGCCUUUGUGCCCUCCAAUGAGUGCCAGAAGUACCUCUUGGAAGACCUAGAAGAGAUGCCAGUGGAUAAAAUGGUGGAUCUGAGUGGCAGCCAGCUGAGGCGGCUGCCUCUGCACAUUUGCUCUUUUAGGGAACUGGUCAAGCUGUACCUGAGCGACAACAACCUGAAUCAUCUGCCCCCUGAGCUGGAGCAACUGCAAAAUCUGCAGAUCCUGGCGUUGGACUUCAACAACUUCAAAGCGCUGCCCCUAGUCGUAUGUACACUGAAGCAGCUGUGCAUCCUCUACCUGGGCAACAACAAGCUCUGCAGCCUGCCCCUUGAGCUCCGGUUCCUGCAGAACCUCAAGACCCUCUGGAUCGAGUCCAACUGCCUGCAGUACCUGCCUGAGGUGGUGUGCGAGCUGACCCUGCUCAAGACCCUGCACGCCGGCUCCAACGCGCUGCGCACCCUCCCCACGCAGCUGCGGUGCCUGCAGGAGCUGCGCACCAUCUGGCUAUCGGGAAACCUCCUGUCCGAGUUCCCCGCUGUGCUCCUGGACAUGCCUUUCCUGGAGGUGAUAGACGUGGAUCGCAACUCCAUCCGGUUCUUCCCCAGCCUGGCUCACCUCCCAGGCCUGAAGUUGGUGCUCUAUGACCAUUUUUUUGCACCCAAAGUGGCCAAAGGGGUGCGCAGGGUGGGGAGGUGGUCAGAGGAGACGCCUGAACCCCGCAAGCGGUCCGGGGCAGUGGUAGAAAUCCCACUCGAUGAGAGACCAUCACCACCUCCUGCUGUCAAGCCUGAGCUGGAAGCCGAGCCCUGCUGA